GAGAGCUGGAAACCCUGUGAGAUGAGGCAUGGAACCUGGCAGCAUUGACUUUACGUACAGGACUGAGCAAGAAAGGGAUUGACAGAUGAAAUGUCACUACCUUACAUCAGAGACAGCCCAAGACAUGACUGGACGGACAAGUAAAGUUGGUCACCUCAAGAUUCGGGCUUCCCUGCUGCUGGUGGUGUGCCUGUGGCAAUGGACACAGCAGACUUGGGCAAAACAGUGCCAGGGUGGUGAACUGAGGAUAAUCGGUAAAGGUGAAAAGAAAUGUUGCCCCAAAUGCAGCUCAAACACAGGAGACGUGGGUGUCUGUCAUACUACGGGGGACCAUGACUGCAGGUGUCGUCAGGGGUACAGCUGUACCGAUAGUCCAUGUCUGUACUGCGAAAAACUGCCUGACUGUGCAGCGGGCGAGGAGCUGGUUAAGUCUGGCAUUUUAGACUUCACAUUCAGAUGUAAACCAUGUGCCACAGGAACCUAUUCUGACGUUGUGAAUGGCUGGUGCCGUAACUGGACUAAUUGUGAAAGUUCUGGGCUUAUAACAAUCAAGCGAGGCAACAGUACACGUGAUGCAGUAUGUGAUCUGCCUGCCAAAGAUUUGGAGCAAGCUCCUAUUACAAAUGACUCUCUAUAUACCACCAUCCUGGCCAUCCUUACUGCAGUGGCUGUGUUUGUUCUCAUCUUGCUGACCUUCUUCUUGCAUUUCUGCAUAUGGUCACUGAAGAAAGACAAAUACCACACAGCUGACGAUCUGGAACAUAACUUCCCUAGGCUGCCAGUGGCACAGCUGUCACACCAGAGAGAAGAGACUUACAGCUGCCAGUUUCCAGAAGAAGAACAUGGAGACAAAACACCAGAAGAAAAGCCUUGCUAUUUCCACCCUCAGAGUCUACAAUGAACACAGAUAAAUUGCAGUGGGCUGUGAGAACGGGGAGCUGAGCUUUUCAAAAAAAAAAAAAAAAAAAGAAAAAAAAAAAGUGACUGGGCACAUCAAGCAUCAUUAUGUACAUAGCAAUAAGGAAUGGAUUUGGGGGCAGUUUUGCUUUGUUUCUUCUCGACAAACCUAACAUUUAGAAACAGAAAAACUGCUGAGUGGGGCUGGCAUUCAGUUCAGCUGCACCGCAUUGUUGCGUUUCCUGGG